GUACAACUAUAUGUGUAUGUGUGUGUGUGAGAGAGAGUCAUGUACAGCUAUGUUUGUAUCGUGUGUGUUGAUUUUCAAGAACAAAGAACAUAAAAGAAAAUAGAAAAAGAAAAGAAGAGAAAGAAAGGAAGAGACAAAGAGUGAGAAGGAGGAUUGUGAGGGAGUGGAGUUUCUGUCCAGCCAAGUGCCCAGCUUCUCCCCUUCCCUCAUAUGUGUUUGUGUGUAAGUCUACCACUAGCAAUACUAUAGCUUUUGUUUUGGUUGGGAAGAGUUAUGGACCAUAAUCUAUUGAAGCUCACCAUUUCAAAAUUCUAUCAUAUUGGGAUCUUGCAAUGAAGAAUGGAAAUGGAGGCAACCUGCAACAACUGUUUCAGAGGCUAGUAGCAGUGAUCUGUGAUAUCUUGCAAAGGCUGUUGUUUAUGGUGCUCUCAGUAGGUCCCAUCCCCAACCACAUUGCCUUUAUUAUGGAUGGGAACCGAAGGUAUGCCAAGUACAGAAAACUUGGUCCAGGUGGUGGUCACACGGCUGGGUUUUCAUCUCUCAUCUGUGUUCUUGAAUGUUGUUACAGCAUAGGGGUGAAGUAUGUAACCAUCUAUGCUUUCAGUAUAGACAACUUCAAGAGGGACCCUAGUGAAGUUCAGUCCAUUAUGGAUUUGAUGCUGGAAAAAAUUGAUGAAUUGCUUAAGGAAGAAAGCAUUGUGAAUAAUCAUGGGAUUAGAAUUAAUUUCUUUGGUAAUUUGAAGCUCUUAAGCGAGCCUGUGAGGAUGGCAGCUGAGAAAGCAAUGGUAGCAACUGCGAAGAACACUAAUGUAGUGCUCUCAAUUUGUGUUGCUUAUACUUCUACUAAUGAAAUUGUCCAUGCUGUUCAAGAGUCUUGCAAGGAGAAAUUGGUACAAGCUCAAAUAAAUUCAAAUGUCAAUGGUGGAAUAAGAGACUCAUUCAGAGGACACACUACUCUUUCAGAGGAAGAAUAUUCCAUUUCUCAGGAUGAUUUGGAAAGGCUCAUGUAUUUAGCAGAGUGCCCAAAUCCUGACCUCUUAAUUAGGACGUCCGGGGAGACUCGCCUGAGCAAUUUCCUUCUUUGGCAGACUACUUUUUGCUAUCUGCAUGUUCUAGAUGCUCUUUGGCCAGAGAUCUCACCAUGGUGGCUGGGAUGGGUGCUUUUGCAUUACCAAAGAGCAAAGCCUUACAUUGAUAAAAGGAAGGUGGAGUUAUAACUUUUGUUUCUUUGUGUAUGUGCGCCUGUUGUACCAUUAAGCUCCAAUAAUUAUUUAAUGCCAAUGUUUGAGAAACGGAAUGACACUAUAUUUUUAUAGUGAACAUCCACUUUUAAUCAGAAGAUAAUGCUUCUCUUUUAUUUAUUUUC